AUGCGGAAAUAUCUCUUCUGCAUUCAAGACAAUUUGUACCAGUGUACAAGUGUAGUAUUCUGGGGGAGAACGAGCACGACCCGUCAUGGACGUCCCCCCACACUCGGGGUUGGCUCCACCUUCCCUGACGUGACCAUCAAGGAGUCUGCCACCCUGGGGCAAACGGUGGAGACGUUUGUAGCCACUGACGACGACGGCGGCGAUGACGGUUUGGUUACAUACAGCGUUCUGGACAUCAAGAACCCGUCUGGCACGAGUAUGACGGGCAAGUUUGAGAUGACGACGGACGGGCGUCUGGUGGUAGCGUCCCAACUGGACUACGACGCCGACACUGGCGGAGUGGACUACUACACCGUCACCGUCGCCGCCAGUGACAGCAGCACCACCAGCGUGAAGAGCACCACCGGCGAUAUCAAGGUCAUUCUGGAGGAUGUUGAAGUGGAGAAUGUCAUCAUAUUGCCAAAGCAACUGGUUGCCGACACUACAUCGGAGCUGUGGGUACUGAGGACAUCGGUUGUCGUACUGGGGACCGCCGCCAUUGUGCUGGCUUGUGCCAUGAUCAGAAGCAUCAUAGAUACUGUGUCAUCUUCUGCUCGAAACGUUACUAAGCCUCCAGACAAAGUUUGGAUGGAGAGAACAGUGUCGGUGACACCUCACAUGUCUCUGGAGUCUGUGAUAAUUGAUGACGACGAUGAUAGUUUCACAUCUAUCGUGUUCAGGCCGAGUACAUCCACAACGGAGGCCAGUCAGCCAUCGCCCGGUAACGGUCAAGGGAAUCACCCGCAGUACAUCCAGACAUGAUCGGCUCUCUCUAACGGUUCUGGGUUCAAACUGUCACCCUUGCCUGCCGUUGUGAACGUUUUAGUGUUUACUGGCAUUGUCGCCAUGUUGAUUUACAGUGUGACUGCACAGUGACAGUACUGAGAUGAUAGUUUCAUGCUGUAAAUGAAGGUGUUCAGUCUUGCGAGUACAGACUAUUCUCACUGGUGUUCUCUUCUCAAAAUUGUGCUCUCGUUCUAUACAGAAACACAAAUCAGAAGACACAGUAUAAUAAAAUUUCAUGAAGAGAUAGGUAUUAAAAAUAUAAUCACUGCUCAAAAGAUAUCCAUUUUAUUAAUAAAGUUAUUCAAACACAA